CUGUGAACUGCAUCGGAACCGAAACCCUAAAAUAUGUCACUGGAGAACAGCUGAAUGUGUAGCUUUCCUCUCUAGUCUUCUCCAGUUCAUGCUCCAGCGGAUUCGUCCCUACCAGUAUCGCAGUUUGUAUUCGCCGCCGGGGAUGCGAUUUCUUGUUCAGCAUUCUAGCUCGGACACGACAAGGGUCUCUCGCUCGGUAAUCUAUCCUUGAAUUCAAGAGUUGUGAACUUCUAAUUCAUUACUUGCUUCAAUAUCUGUUCUUAAUCAUUCCAUUUAUCUUCUUAGGUUUCCUAGAAUCGAAAUCCUCUCUGUCUUUUGCCUCCAGUAGAAUGUAGAAAGGCUGUUAUGGAGACCGACGGCUCUGGCGGCGAGUUGGGGAACGCUGGAAAAAGGCACCGUGAUAGUGAAAAUGAUUCUACUGCUACAGACAGAACAAAGUCGCAGGUUCUCGAAUGUGUUCAGGUUGAUCUCAAUUUGCAACAAUCUCAGAACGUUGGAGUUAUAUCGAGUGGCCAUCGUCCAUCGAUAGUGCAUUCCCAUCAUUUGGUUUCCAGAAGUUGACUACACUGACGCUACAGUAUUGCCCUCUGGCUUUUGGUGAGGAGGAGGACGUUGAUCCUUUUUCUAAGUUUCCCUGUCUCCAGAAUUUGAUCAUGAAAAAUUGCCUUGACCUCCUUCCAUGUGACGUCCGUGCAGGGAGUUUGAAAAUUUCCGGGCUCCAAUUGCUUAGCCUGGAGCUCAAACAUGUGGAGUUCUGCAAGAUCAAAAUAGUUGCCCCGAAACUAAAGUACUUCUAUUUGAGGGAUGAUAUACUUCAUUCGUCAGAGUUUUUGGAGGUAAAUCUUCCUUCCCUCAAUCAUGCUGAGCUUCUUGUCAUACAUAGUGAUAUGAAAGAGAGGAAGAAAGAAUGGAUGGCACAAAAUUUGUUCUCCUUGGUCCAAGGGAUGCAUAAUGCAGAAACUCUGUCUUUGUAUGGGAUCAUCCAGGUAUAUAUAUUCUUUUGGUUUUAGAAUGUGGCUAAUGUAGUGUAACUUGAUCCACGAUAUUUUACCUCAGGUCUUAAGUUGGUUAUUUUUCUUUUCCUUUCAUGCAGUUACUUGGUGAUUUUGAUGAGGUUCUCCAAAAGCAACUCUCUCCCUUUACAAGAUUGAAGCAUGUGAAUCUAUUUAUGAAUCGACAUUCAAAUAAAGUACCUUUACCUUACAAUGUGCUGGAUUACUUUCUUAAAGGAUCUUGUGCCGAACCAGUUAUUGACUUUGACAAGAAGGCAUGGCGUACCCAGAGGCCAGCGCGUUCAUGUCAUGAUUCAAAAGGAAAGCUCCAGGUUAGCCCUACUUAGCAGAUUUGGCGCUGUACGAAUGGCUACUGUCAUUAUUCAACAAGUCCAUCAUACUGAAGUUUCUAGGCUCAACUACAAAUCCAGGCUUGGCAACGAAUUCUGGAUGUUGUACCAUAACCAUAUGGAACAACCUUGAGUGCUAUCAUGUCACUUGUAGUGUUGUGGGUACUUUUUUUUAAAGGAUGUAUGUUAGUUGUAUCAGUUAUCUUAGGUUGAACAUAGUAAAUGACCAUUGUUGGAGAUUUGGAGUUGUUUAUACUUUUUAGUUGGGAAAAAUGUUGAUGUCUCACUGUGUUCGUCGGAGUCGGAUUAGGUGCUAAUCUCUGAAGAGGUUAGUACCAUGCUAACUGUGUUUCGGAUUAGGUGCUAAUCUCUGGACAUGCUAACUGUGUUUCUAGCUGUAGGAUGACAAUCUAACCUUAUGGUUAACAUUAAUUAAAGGUUGAUUUGGUAAAAACAAUAAUCAUUAAUCGAAACCCUUAUAUUCUCUCCACCCCUAAACAAGGAUGUCAAUUUUCACCUGACUGUUUUAGGCGAUAUGUUUGACCUUUUUCGAGGUUCGAUAUUAUAUGUAAUUUUACUCAAAAUACUUAUAAUUUUACUUUUGUAAUAUCAUAUUUUAGCUAUAAUGAAGUUGUAAAUAGGUGAGAAUCUUAAUUCCUUGAAUAUUUUAACUACAUUUAUCAUAUUUUAGUUUGUUUGAAAAUUUUCCUUUAAAAUUUUGAAAAUUUCUAAUAUUUUUUUUUUAAAUUACAUACCCAUAUGGGUCGACCUGCCCCAACUCGCGUCCUGUAAUGAAUUACUCUUCCUGGACCCAACGUGCCACAGGACGGGUAUGGGUAUCAAGAUACCUGUCUCGAACCUGUCCCAUUGUCAUUCAUAUCCCAAGUGCCGCCACCCAUUUUCAUUUUGUAAAACAGUCCCUCUGCCUUCGUAUCCUCUCUCUCUCUCUCUCUCUCUCUCUCUCUCUCUCUCUAAUAAGGAUGGCAAAGCAGAUCCCAAUCCGACUUGCCAUGUGGAGGAUAAAAUCCGACCCAAACUUGAACGGCGAAUCUCAACCCGAUUCGUAGUUAGAAUGCAGUGAAUAAGGACGUUGUUGAACAUCCGCUCCUACCUGGCCAAUAAUCUCCUCCGAAUAGUAGAUUAUUCAUAUAUUUUCGGAAUCGUUUGGAUGAGGAAUUGUAACAGAUCAAUUUGACGCAAUUGUCUCGUUUUGAGAUGAUUGUCACAAAUUGACUCGUUUGUUGGAAGUAGCUUGUCAAAAAGAGCUAAAACUUGCUUAAGUUUCGUGCAGAACAAGAAUGCUGGGAACGGUUUGAAAACACAAGAAGGAAAGUUUUCAAAGUACUUACCAUAAACCAAUUCAAGGAAGAAAAGGAAGGCAAGGAGCAACGACACAAUAGUUGCAGAAUAAAAGGCUGAAGGAAGCAAGCAGAUCGUCACUUUUCUGGAGGUCACUCAUACUAGGAAAGCUAAGAUCAUAGCUAGUGUGAUUGAUAAGAAAAGAGAGACUAAUUCAUCUUCUGGAGAGAAUUUGGGUUAGGGCUGUGUUGAGUGAAACACAGAAGCUGGAUAGCUGGUAAGAUUAGGGCUGGUACACCAGACCGUUAGAAAAACCGUGGUCCAAACCGUACCGCACAGUUUGGUCUGGACCGUAGACCGUUAAGUAUGGUCUGGUUUAUUUUAUGUUUUGAUCUCUUGGUCUGGUCUGGUCUAGACCGCGGUUUACCGGACCAAACCGUGGACCCAACCGACUUGUCAAUACGUGUUAAUAGCCCAUUCGAUCACCCUCCCAACUCACACAACGACACCCAAAUCUCAACCUUAAUUUUGAGAAUCUCGUCCCUCCUUCAUUCACAACCACAUUUAACUAGAGAGUAGAGAUAAUCGUGUCUCCAUAUGACAUUAUGUUAAUGUGUAUAACGUUAUGGUGCAAGUUUGUAUGCUUUUACUUUGUAUUUUUGUUAUUUCUAAGAUUUAGGAUAUCAAUAUUAUUCAUGCAUGUUAAGAUUAAUGUUUUAAGGCAAAUAACAAUUAUUUUUCUUGGUUAUUGGUGCAAUUUUUUGUGUGGUUGACUAAACAAAUUAUUCAUUUUUCUUUGAGUGUGGUCUAUCUGGACCAGACCAAACCAGACCGCACAGGCGUGGUCUGGACCGGGCCGUAUAGUCUGUGGUCUGGUCUGUGGUCUAUACUUUAACCUCUCGGUUUGGACCAUAGACCGUAUAUAUGGUCUGGUCUGGACCAGACCGCACCGUUUCCCAACCCUAGGUAAGAUAUCAGGGUUGAGUUGAAACAAUCAACUUUCCAGGAUUGGAUUGAUUGAUUUCGGUGCUGUAUGCUUGUAUAACUUCGACGAACUUCGAGCUUAGUGGAACGUCGGAAAUCACCUCAUCGUGAUCAUCCGACCGUGGAAUAGUCAGAGUUGGGAUUCUCUUUACCCAACUCUGGAAACCACGUAAAAAGUGACUGUGUUCAUUUAUCUUUUAUGGCUUAUUGUUUGUGUUCGAAACUUACUCUGCUUCUGCAAAGUUUCAGAGAGUUAAUCUGGAAACAGGGGAAUUGGCUCGAAGAAUCACGAAGAAGGAGUUGGGUUUACAAUCUCAAAACGCACAGCUUUGGAAAGAGUAACUUGACAGUGCAAUACUUUCGGGCCGGAACAAAUAACUGACUGGGCUAAAGGAUUCAAGCCCAGUCACUAAGAAAGACAGACCCAAAUUAUAUCUCUCUUCUUUACUAGUUUUACUUUGUACAUUUCUUUCAGUUUUUCGUUGUCCUUCACCUGUUCUUGGCCAAAAUCGAUUUAGGGUUUCAGCCUUACAGCUGAACUGGGGAGAUAGAAACCUCAAGUAGGUGCAGGCAUUUCGCGCUCGAAGCCAGCAACAUUGUUUAAUAGCAAAAAAUUUAAAUGGAUACGAAAAUAUUUUGAAUUGAUCCAUUUUGAAUCAACUUCAAUAGUUUGAAUGGAAAUAAGUAAUUCAAAUUACCUCAUUUUUAAUUGUCUUUUUUUAAAAUGAAACAAUUCUCAUUUCUACAUUCAUCCAUCCCUUCAUUUCCAACCCAGACACCCAGCUAAAGGAGAUCCUGGCUACGCCCCUUUUAUUUCCACGGUAACGCUCGAGUUUCCCUGAGGAUUUGAGUUGUUUUCCUGGUUCUAAUCCUUCGAGUUUAUCCAGUUCAGGCUCUCAGAAUCGAAAUUAUCAGUAGUCGGUCUCAGGCAGAAAACCUAAUGAACGGAAGCAAGGAAACAGGGAAGGAAAGACGCUGUGACAGGUUAAGCGAUCUUCCGGCGCCCGUUAUUCAUCACAUCCUUUCAUUUCUCGACACCAAAUUGGCCGUUCAGACCUCUGUGCUGUCCCGAUUGUGGAGAUUCGCCUGGAAACAUGUCCCCGUUCUGAACUUCCAACAAAGCUACUUCCAAAUUUACUCGAGUUUCCACAGGUAUGUGGACAAGGUUUUGUGCCUUCGUCAUCCCCUGAGUCUCCAUAAGGUAAGAUUCGUCGAUUAUGAGCUUAGGGAUGGAAGAAGCGAUCUUCUGGUGAUUAGGGUCAUCCGAUAUGCCUUAUCCCAUGAUACUCAGCAUUUAGCGAUUGCCACUGAAAGUGAUCUGACUACCCUGGACAUCUACAGAUUCUCCGAUUUG